AUGUAUAUCGGAUAUAAAUGUCGUCUAUAUUUGUCCACAGACUGGCUCACAGUGACGUGGGCUCAGAGCGGGAUGCAGCUUCAACCAGAUGCUGAGGAUGGAGACGACUCGCUUAGAGGACGGUACGGUAGAGCGGGUAGCCUGGCAGCGACCCCUGGUGAAAAGCUGAUGGAGCUACUUCGACCGAACACCGGUACCCCCCGGAGACACUCAACCGCGGCGUGUGCCCCUCCCCAACCGAGACCAUCUGGCUUUGUCUAUUGUCCCUCGGAUGCGUUGCCCUAUUGCCCGCCUUCGAGGCUUGCGCCACCCCGUCCGGUGAAGAUACCGCCACCGCCACAAGUCCAGCCCGUGCAACCACAGCCUCCACCGGUGCCACAGAGAACAGCUCCCGUCGCUUCAUUACCAGUUCCUCCUGCACCACCUCGCAGGUCCUCUCCCCAACCACCCAGAAGAGUACCUCCCCCUACACCUCCCAGACCGAUACCUACAGACCCCAAUGGUAACAGAAGACAGCCAAAUGUACCACGCCUGGAUUGCAAUCGUAACCCACAAACACAACAGACACAACCUCCAACGCAAUCACAAAUCCAAUUACAACAGCAAAUACCACAUAAUCCAGAACAACAUAACCACAUAACAACAACGCGAGUUCUGCCAGAAAUACAGCCUCAGAUCCAACCCCCAAUACCAAGAAGACCACCACAGAAAAUGCCGGAUAAUCCCCUCCCUCAGCAGCAGAUAAAACGAUCCCCAAGCUCAGGAUCUAACAUCAGCGUCCGUCAGGAUUCCAAUGUGUCUUCAGACUCUUUUAGUCAAACUUCGUCACCUUCUUACACGACAAAAACAAUGGAGACCCCACUCUUGCCUCAGCAGCAUCUGAAUAAGAGUCUCAACGCGAAAAUAGCGCGCGGACUCUUGCUGAAGGAGCAACAGGAGAAAGAGAAUGCUAAUUCUUCGAUCACGAAGAGUAUGUCGACUCCCGCCUCGCUCCAGACAAUAGUCCGGUUUCAGAAUGGGAGCAACAUGUCACUGCAUCAUCGGAUGUUAAGAGACAUGCGGGGCGGUGCAUCAGAUGGAUCAGCUCACAAAUUCCGUUUGAUGCAACUGGCUUUGAAUGCGGUGGCACUCUUGGCUAUCACUGGCGCCCUCUUUGCGUACUUCAGAGCUAAUCCGGCUGUACAAUAUGUAUCGCAAGUAGUCAACCGGUCCACGGUGGUGACCUGGCCCGCACCCACAGAGCCUCCUGGAGCGAGAAACCCAGCGCCAGGUGUCUGUUUGCCUGUAAUCGUGAGCUUUUGCCACCAGCACAGGAUAUCAUACAACUUUACCGUGUUCCCGAAUUACAUCGGACAUUUUGGUCAGAGGGACGCUCAACAGGUAAGAACAAUACUUAGCAAAGUUGAGUUUUUUAUUAUUAAUAUGUUCCCAGCCGCUGUAGUUUCUGAGAAUACGGCUAAUUACGAUAAUGAAGCGCUUUCAAGGAGAUAGACCAUGCGUCGUUGCGGUUUCUUCUUGGAAGUUUUUGGUCUGUCAAUGCCAGAUUAUCUUCAAUGCGAAAUCUUUCCCGAGUCCACCGAUACAGACGUUUGUCUAGGAAACAAGGAGGUCAAAGAGGCAAAGAUGAGGGCUGAGAAACCAGGACAUUUAUGCCAAUCCGGUUUUCAAUGCGACACGAACCGGUGCAUCCCUCACGACUGGCGCUGUGAUGGCCACGUCGACUGCGCGGAUCGUUCAGACGAGCUUAACUGCCGCGUCUGCAAACGAACAGGCGAUGUCCACUGUGGAAACCAGCGCUGUAUCUCACAAACGCACCUUUGCGAUGGAAAAGUGGACUGUCCGUGGGGCCAAGACGAACGGAAUUGCUUGCGUCUGAGUGAGUCAAACGGCGACGUGGGUACAGGCGAAGUGCAAGUAUACCGGGCUGCCAACCAAUCUUGGUUUCCAGCUUGUCUGGCCGCUGCACCUUUAGAUCACGAUACAGCUGCUGAAAUUUGCUCCAUGCUGGGUUAUACGGUUGUCAACAAGAGCAAAAUAGUUGGUGGAGCACCCAGGGCUGGGAGAACUCACGCUCUCACAUCCAGCGCUCUCUUCGGUGGCCAAGGCUCCUUAUUCCACGGCGUAGCGCAAUCCUAUCGCGCCUUUCAGAGAAGCGAGGGUGGCCUGCUGCGCGAGCUGAAGGACUGCAGACACGAUUCCAAAAGAAUACAUCUCAUUUGUAAUAAUUAUGAAUGCGGUAAACGACGUACUAUAGCCCCAGCAACAAAACGAAUAGUGGGAGGUGUCGAAGCCUCCCCUGGAGACUGGCCUUUCCUAGCCGCCAUCUUGGGAGGUCCUGAAGAGGUUUUUUACUGCGCAGGAGUUCUUGUUGCAGAUCAGUGGGUGCUAACAGCUUCGCAUUGUGUGGGAAACCACUCAGAUGUGGAAGGCUGGACGAUACAGCUCGGCAUCACCAGACGAAGAAGCCACGCAUAUUAUGGACAAAAGGUGAAAGUGCGUCGCGUAGUACCGCAUCCUCUGUACAACGUUGGGGUCGCUCACGACAAUGAUAUCGCCCUGUUUCAGCUGGCCGUGCGAGUUCGCUACCACGAGCACUUGUCACCCGUGUGUCUUCCACCAGCUCGAAGAGUGCUGAUGCCGGGUACUCUAUGCACAGUCAUCGGUUGGGGCAAACGGACGGACAAAGACAUGUCUGAAUACGAGCCAGCUGUAAACGAAGUGGAAGUGCCAGUUCUGAAUCGUGAUCUUUGCAACCAGUGGCUGGAGCAUCGCGAUCUGAACGUGACUGAGGGUAUGAUCUGCGCCGGGUAUCCUGAGGGGGGGAAAGAUGCUUGCCAGGGUGAUUCCGGUGGACCGCUACUCUGCAAAGACCCAGAUGACGAGUCAAGAUGGUACGUUGGUGGAAUCGUGUCUUGGGGUAUCAAGUGCGCUCAUCCCCGUUUACCCGGGGUCUACGCGUAUGUCCCCAAGUACAUACCUUGGAUUCACAAGCAGAUCAACAUGUACAACGACGAUCGGGCCCCGUCCGAACCGGAUAUGUGA